ACGCGCGCGCACACACACACACACACGCGGCCCCGGGGGCGGCCGUGCGCAGGCGCCGCCGUCCCCCCCGUCGGUGCCCGGCGCUGAUCCCCGGCGCGGCGGCGGCGGCUCCGCUGGUCACCGGUCGGCCCGUCGGCCGGACGCGCCCGCCCCGCUGCGCUUUUGGGCAGCAGACCUGGGGGAGGCCGGCAUGGCGGAGAGCCCGGGUCAGCCCGGCUCCCCGCCGCCGGAGGGGAGCGACCUCCCGCGGAAAGAAGGCGAUGAGGAAGCGGCGGCGGCGGUGGACCCGCAGCCCGGGGUGUCCCCCGAGGUAGCGGCGGGGGAGCCACAGCCCAGGGUGUCCCCCGAGGUAGCGGCGGAGCCCACGGACGGCUCCCCCGGCGGCGAGGAGCCGCGGCUGAACGGGGAGGCGGCGGCUGGGCAAGAGCCGGCUGUGGCGGCGGUGCCCCCCGGGGACAGCGGCGGAACGGGGAGCGGAUCACCCGAGGGGGCGGCGGAGACCCCGGGCGGGACGGGCGCGGGGCAGCAGGCUCCGGCGGGGGCUGAGCAGCGGGACCCUGACGGGGGUGGCCCGGCGGGCGAGGGUCUGCCGGGAGGGGAGCUGGCGGCGGCGGCCGCGGGGGUAGACGUGCCCGGGGGCUCUGCGCCAGCGAGGGCAGACCCCGAGGAGGCAGCGGUGGCCCCAACGGCGACGGAGCCCGAAGAGGCAACGCCGUCGGGGAUAGAGCCUGAGGCCGCGGCCAUGGCCCCAACGGGGACGGAGCACGAAGAGGCGGGGGCGGCCCCGGCGGGGACAGACCCCGAGGAGGCGGUGAGGGAGGCAGCUCCGGAGGGCACAGACCCCGAGGAGGCGGUGAGGGAGGCAGCUCCGGAGGGGACAGACCCCGAGGAGGAGGUGGCAACAGCCUCGGCAGGGACAGACCCCGAGGAGGCGGAGGCGACAGCCCCGGCGGGGACAGACCCCGAGGAGGCGGUGAGGGAGGAAGCCCCGGCGGGGACAGACCUCGAAGAGACCGAGGAGACGGCCCCGUCGGCGAGAGACCCCGAAGAGGCUGUGAGAGAGGCAGCCCCGGAGGGGACACAGCCUGAGGAGGCGGUGGCGACAGCCCCGGCGGGGACGGUCCCCGAGGAUGCGGUGCGGGAGGCAGCUCCAGCGGGGACGGUCCCCGAGGAGGCGGCGGCCCCGGCGGGGAGCGAGGCGGCUGGGGAAGCGGAGGCGGAGGUGCCGGCCGGAGGGGAGGCCGACGGCGGACGCCGGUCGCCGGGCGGCCCCGACGGUGAGAACGGAGCGGAGAUGCCGUGGGCGGAGCGGGGAGCCGGUGCCUCGGCGGUAGCAGGAGCGGGAAGCGCGGCCCCGGGGGCAGGGGAAGGCGGCGCGGCGGCGGUGGGGCAGCCGGGCCGGCCGUCGGUCCCCGAGGGCGGCGAGUGGGACGCGGCAGGUCGGAGCCUGAACGGCGUGCGGGGCCGGGUGGAGGACGAGGAGGAUGAGAUGGGCUCGCCAGCCGCCCUGGAGGAGGAAGCGGAGGAUGAGGAAAAGCAGGAACACGACAUCUCCCUCUUCGUCAAGGCUGGCAGUGAUGGGGAAAGUAUUGGAAAUUGCCCGUUCUCUCAGCGUCUCUUUAUGAUUCUGUGGCUAAAAGGUGUCAUAUUUAAUGUCACAACCGUGGAUUUGAAAAGAAAGCCUGCUGACCUGCAGAACCUCGCCCCGGGAACAAACCCCCCCUUUAUGACAUUUGAUGGCGAGGUGAAAACUGAUGUCAAUAAGAUCGAGGAAUUCUUGGAAGAAAAGCUAGCACCACCCCGGUAUCCCAAACUUGCACCCAACCACCCUGAGUCUAACUCUGCAGGAAAUGAUGUGUUUGCAAAGUUCUCUGCGUUCAUAAAGAACCCAAGAAAAGAUGCUAAUGAAAAUUUGGAAAAAUCUUUGCUUAAAGCCCUGAGGAAGCUGGACAACUAUUUAAAUAGCCCUUUGCCAGAUGAAAUUGAUGCUUACAGCACUGAGGAGAUCACUGUUUCCAGCCGGAAAUUCCUGGAUGGAGAUGAGCUCACCUUAGCGGAUUGCAACCUCCUACCAAAGCUCCAUAUAAUCAAGGUUGUUGCAAAAAAAUACAGAAAUUUUGAUUUUCCACCUGAAAUGACAGGGAUUUCAAGAUACUUGAACAAUGCAUACGCAAGAGAUGAAUUUACAAACACUUGUCCUGCUGAUCAAGAAAUUGAAUAUGCAUAUUUGGAUGUUGCAAAGAGAAUGAAGUAAACAGAAGAUGCCUCCAUUCUUUAUUGCUUCUGAGAUUUAGAUGGGCACCAGUCAAGAUGAAAAAAAAAGCCAGCAUACAUUCUGCAGUGUAAUUUUAAGUUCUGCUAUUGGCCAAUCCUUCUUUUUUAAUGAUUGUAUAGCAUUAUUUGCUUAUUCUUACACUAUGUAUGUAUAUGUUUGUGUGUCUGUACAGAUGUAUGCACACGUGAACGUCUGUUGUGCAUUGCAAGUUAAAGGCAUCAGUCACUAUUAAAACAUUUGUUGAAGUUAGGGACACAGCGUAGGCCACAAGAUUAUAGCAAUAUUACAGACUAGUGACUUAUGCUAAACUGCUGAAUUUUGAGAAUAGCCCCCUUGCUAACACACAUUUAACCCAUCAUUAUUGCUGCCUCUGAUCUCUGUUUCAUAGUUGUUGCCAAACUUCACGGUUACCGGGAGAGCUUCUGUUUGCUUCUCAGCAAGCCUCGGAGGGCCACAAGCCAACAGCAGCACCCUGGUUAACCCAGGAGAGAGGCCAGCUUCCAGGUGGGACCACACCUGACGUCCCAGAAGCCCUCUCCUCUGCGCUAGAGACCUGCAGGGCAGGUUAAUGAAGAACAACUCCUUUCCACAUUGCGUGAGUCUUCUUCGGUAUUAAAAAUAAAUAAAUAAUCCUGCCUUCUCCUCCCUCAGGGCUUCACAGCCCAUCAAACUUCCCUCCUGGUGCUCCCAAAGAGAGGAAUACAGACUGUCACUGGCCUAUGGACUCUUUGGUAAUAGAUAUUUGACAAGGGAGGGGGGAGAGACUUGAUUGUCACUGUAGAUGAUAGAAGAAAUGGGUGAUCAUCUGUCCCCAACUACUGACAUAGGAUUUUUCUUCGUCAUCCUUCCAUGACUCUCAUUUGGUUUUGGAAAGCAAAGAGAAGGAGAGGGUCUAAGAAGGAAAUAAUCCUUCUGUACUUCCUUUUCCAGCAUAUUGGCUUUUCCAGGGCAGCUGUUAGGACUUCAUUGGUGAGAGCUUUACAGCCGACCAGACAGGUGUCUAUCUGGAACAUAGACCUUCCUCCUGCCUUAGGUGGGGCAUGGAGUAGAUGAAUCCCUCCAGCCUUGCAUGAGUCUGUGUUCAAGGCAGCCAGUACUGGUGAGAAAGACCGUCUAGCCUGGCAUCAGGGAGCGCACUAUGAGAGAUGUAUGGACUAUGAAAAGUGACGUCCACAGCUGCUUUCUGCUGAGCAGGCCCUCGGCAAGCACAUAGGAGGAGAGGGUGCAACGCUUUAGUUAUAGGGUCACCUGGAAGUUUCCUUCUGAUGGAUUUUGCCUGUGUAUACAAAAUAGAUGUGAAAAUGGCUGCAAAUAGCCUUUGUGGCAUGUAUAUCCACAAAAAGACUGUUACAGACUAGUCGUUCGUCCUUGUCCGUGUCAAACAUAUGCUUGCUUUCUAACAAAGCAUUACUUAACAGUCAUAGUUGGUGUCAGAGACACUGUUUCUGCGGUGUCUUCAUCUUACACACUACAGUGCUGAUGCAAAUGUGCUAUCAUCACAAUUAUUUGUAAGCAGUGUUAAAAAUGCAGUUUUAGUUUGCCUUUAGAAGAAACAGACACAAUAUCUUCCCCCCCGCCCCCAGUUGUGAACUCUCAUACUGGGGUUGAUAGCUGAGCAGUCACUCAUCAUGUAUUACUAACUGUGUUUUCAAAUACAUAUCUAUAUAUAUAUAUAUAAAAUGUAUAAAAAUGAAAUCUGUAUACUCUUUUCAUAUGCCUUACAAAUUUAAAUAGA